AGCAAUUCGAUCGCUUGCCCGGUCACUCGACACAUAUGAUGAUUACACGGUGUCUGGCCCGACGGCCGGCUACUAUUCAGUCUGCUGUUGGGGCUUGGAGGAGAAUACCAUCACGGCUCUCCCGCAGCCUGUACACGGUCCCCACGCUCGACAAUCAUGCGGAGCUGGAGCAAAACGGUGUCAAGGGGUUGUUGUCUGCAAAAGCCUUUCAGAUUGCGUAUACCGACUACCAGAAGUACAUGGUUGACGAACUAAAUGUCUCGACUGCCCAAACACCCUACGAGGGCCAAGAAACAAAGUCACUGGUCAUAGACUUUGCCCGCGAUCCGACCAAGGCGUAUGCCUUCAACAUCGCCAGCAUGGCCUGGAACAACCACUUCUUCUUCCAUGGCCUCAACACAACCCCCAAUGUGGAGUCGAGACCUUCGACCAACCUCCAGAUGCAGAUCGACAAGGACUUCUCGUCGACCGACACAUUGCGCGAGACAUUCCUGGCGACAGCAGAGGUCAUGUUCGGCCCCGGCUUCGUCUGGCUCGUGCAAGUCAACGGCGAAUUUGGCAGCCUGCGCAUUCUGCCUACCUACCUCGCUGGAUCACCACUAUCGGGCGCCCACUACAGGCGGCAAUCGCACGACCUCAACACACACAACGCCGACUCGUACCAGGCUUUGAACAAGGUGGGCCAGUUUGGAGCGGCGUCGGGUCAGGACCAGAGGCCCAAGGCGCCAUUGGGUGGCGUGGAUGUAGUACCACUGAUGUGUGUAAAUACGUGGGAACACGUCUGGCUGCACGACUACGGCAUCCGUGGGAAGAGGGAGUACCUCGAAAAGUGGUGGAAUAAGAUCAACUGGAGCUUGGUGGAGCAGAACGCCACCAUAACAAGUCGGGGCUCGUAUUCUUUCCAAGCAUGAGCGACUGUACAUUACAUGUAGACAUAUGUGUACAAGAAACGUCGAAACGACACUUUGCAUG